AUGCAAGAAGAAUAAUUAUACACAUAAUUCAUAGUUUUGUCAAUAUUUUUUAUUUACUUUAUAUAUUCAUACAGUAAUAAAGAGGUAUCGUAUUUUGUUUAACUGAUAACAUAUGUAUCUUUAUUUGUAUGUUUUUCUUAACUAUUAUAUUUUCCUUAAGAUUUAUCUUUAAAUAUAAAUAAUUUAGAGUAGACUUCUAACAUAACUUUUUCAUUAUAUUGGACUCUUCAAUUACUAUCUUGGUUAAUAAUUCCAAUCUUAUAAAGUUACUAAUAAUCAGGUUAUUUAGAUUAAUAAAAAAAAUGGCAAUCCACAGUUAAAAAAAGUGGAACAUAUUUUAUAUUAUUAAUAUCUAUAGUCUUAGGGUUUAUUUAUGUUUUAUAUGCAUGGUAACUUAUUGAUAAUUUAGAUAUUUUUGCUUUUUUAAAAGCUCUUUCAAAUUCUAGUGGAAUAUUUUAAAUAAUAGUAAUGUUAUCUUAUUCAUUAGUUGCAAUUCCAAAAGCCUAAUUAAAAACAAUUAAUAAUGACAUGCAUUUAAAGUAUAUAUACUUCAAAGUUGCAUAAUUGAAAUAAGAUCAGUAAAGUUCUUUAUAAAACCUUUUGGAUUUAUUAUAAAAAAUAGUCCUUAUAAAAAAUGUUGAAAGAGAUAAUUUAGAAAUACUCGACUAUUGCGAAAAUGUUAUAAAUUUUAUUCCAGAAGCAAUUUCUACUUAAGUUAUUCAAGAACUCAGAAAUGCAAAAUAGAGUUCUUUAAAAUCAUCACCUGUCCCUGAAUAUAAUUUUGAAUAUAUAGUUGAACUUAGAACAUAAAUAAAACAUUUAUUAGGAGAAAUAAAAAGAUCAAGAAAUAGUAUGAAUUUAUUAUUAAGGGAGGCUUUUUGGGUAUAAGAUGUAAUAAAUAGUUAAUAUAAUUUGGAAGAUUAAUAAAUAUUUUCGAGUAUUUAUAGACCUCAUAGAGGUUGGAUGGCAGAAUUAAGAAAUACUUUAUAAUGGUAUUGGUAUAUUUAAUGGAAAAGUUAAAUGAAAAUAGUCUGGAUUGUAUUAUUUUAUAUAAUUUCUUUAAUAAUUUUAGAAAGUGAAGUUAGUCUUUUUUAUGAUAAAUAAUACUCUGCCUUAGCAUACAUAUUUAAUAUGUUUUAGUAGUAUUAAAUAGAUGUAUUUUAUUUACAUAUUUUUAUUUUAGCUCUUAUUUUUUUCAUGCUUUUUUAAUCUUAAUACGGGCUUUUUAAAAAUAAGAUUAGCGGUUUUUAUGGAUUAUAUUCUAAUAAUAAUACUGAUGCUGGUAGUUUAUUAUUUAUUUGUGUGAAUUUAACAAGGACUACAGUCCCUUUAUGUUAUAAUUUUCUUGACAUGAUAAAUGUUAAAAAUACACAAAUAAAUAAUGUACUUGGGGAUGUUGAAAACAUUCCAAUUCUAGGUAAACAUUUCACAUUAACUUUUCCUGCUGUAAUGGUUGUACUUGUAUUAUUACAUUAUCUUAAUUUUUACAAUAGAAUUUUAAAUUUAAUUGGACUUUAAGUAUUUAAAUUUAGUGAAGAUUUCAAUUAGUAAUUAAUAGGGGAAGGUUUUGGAAUCGUUAGAGAAGCAAGAAUGGAAGAAGAAGGAAAAAUUCAUUCAUAACCUUAACAUGUAGAAAUCGAUAGAAGUUCAUAUUUUAUAAGAUUGAUUGAUAAAGAAUGA